CGGAACCAGAGAGAGGAGACACCAUGACCCUCACCCUCACAACCCUGCUCUGUCUCGGGCUGAGUCUGGGCUCCAGGACCCAAGCCCAGACAGGGACCCUCCCCAGACCCACUGUCUGGGCUGAGCCAGGCUCUGUGAUGCCUUGGGGGACAUCUGUGACCAUCUGGUGUCAGGGGAGCUUGGAGGCCCAGGAGUACCGCUUGCUUAAAGAGGGAGAGUUAGAGACCUGGGACAGACAGAAGCCACUGGAAACCAAAGACAAGGUCAAAUUCCCCAUCACACACAUGGCAGACAUAUAUGCAGGAAGAUACCGCUGUGACUAUCUCAGUCCCACUGGCUGGUCAGAGCCCAGUGACCCCCUGGAGCUGGUGGUGGUGACAGGAUCCCAGGGCAAACCCAGCCUCUCAGCCCUGCCCAGCCCUGUCGUGACCUCAGGAGGGAAUGUGACCCUCCAGUGUGCCUCACGGAUGGGAUUUCACAGGUUCAUCCUGAUGAAGGAAGGAGAGCGCCAGCCCUCCUGGACCCUGGACUCCCAGCCAGCCCCCCAUGGGAGGACCCAGGCCCUAUUCCCUGUAGGCCCCGUGACCCCCAGCCUCAGCUGGACGUUCAGAUGUUACGGCUAUUACAGCAACACCCCCCAGGUGUGGUCGGACCCCAGUGACCCCCUGGAGCUGCUGGUCUCAGGUGUGUCGGGGAAGCCCUCCCUCCUGACCCAGCAGGACACUGUCGUGACCUCUGGACAGAGGCUGACUCUCCAGUGUCGCUCUGAUGUCGGCUACAACAAAUUCGCUCUGUCCAAGGAGGGGGCACCUGACCUUCCACAGCGGCUUAGCCGGCCGACCCAGUCUGGGCUCUCGGGGGGAACCUUCUACCUGGGCCUGGUGAGACCCUCCCAUGGGGGCCGGUACAAGUGCUACGGUGGACACAACCUCUCCUCUGAAUGGUCGGCCCCUAGUGACCCCCUGGACAUCCUGCUCGCAGGACAGCUCUCCUACACACCCUCCCUCUCAGUGCUGCCUGGACCCACGGUGGCCCCAGGAGAGAAUGUGACCCUGCUGUGUCAGUCUCGGAGCUCUGUGGACUCUUUCCUUCUGUCCAAGGAGGGGGCAGCCGAUCCCCCGCUGCGUCUUAGAUCACAGUACCGAGCUGGGCAGCACCAGGCUGAAUUCCCCAUGAGUCCUGUGACCUCAGCCCACGGGGGGUCCUACAGGUGCUAUGGCUCCGCCAGCACCUCCCCCUACCUGUUGUCACAGCCCAGUGAUCCCCUGGAGCUCCUGGUCUCAGGACCCUCUAUGGACCCCGGCCCCCCGACCACGGGCCCCUGGACCACAGGGCCAGGCUCGGCAGAUGGUCCCCACUGGUACCCGAACGCCCUCACUGGGGCCUCGGUGGCCUUUGUCCUGCUGCUCGGCCUCCUCGUCUUCCUCCUGGUCCGACACCGGCAUCGGGUCAAAUGCAGAAAGCCAGGGGCUGCAGACCCAGAGCCCAAGGACAGAGGCCUGCACGACAGCUCCAGCCCAGCCCCUGCCGCCCAGGAGGAGAGCCUCUAUGUUGCCAUGCAAGACAUUCAGCCUGAGGAGGGGGUGGAGCUGGACCAUCGGAACACACAAGAUGAAGACCCCCAGGGAACAACGUAUGUCCAGGUGAGCCGGUCAAAAUCAAGACUUAGGUGUGGACUGGCCACUUCUCCUUCCCCCGUGUUAGAGGGACUGUUGGACUCAGAGGACAGACAAGCAGAGGAAGACAGACAGAUGGACUGUCAGGUUGUUGCAUCUGACACCCCCCAGGAUGUGACCUAUGCCCAGCUGGACCCCUUGGCCCUCAGAUAGGAGAAAAGGGCAUCCCCUCCUUCCCAAUCAGAGGAACCCCCAGCAGAGCCCAGUGUGUAUGCUGCUCUGACCAUCCACUAGCCCAGGAGGGACCCAGACCUCACACUCCAGAGAAGGGGACCACAGGGACCCUGGAAGGCACAGGAGCUCCUCACAGUGGGUGCCACCUAAUGAUCCUACCCCGCCUGGACUCCUCACAUGGACCAGUAAGAACUCCUGGGACCCUCUGGGAGUCACCAAUUCUGCCAUCAAAGAUUGUAAUACCCCUACACUUUGGAAAUCAGAGCAACAGACUUCCCAGUUACCCAUGAAAGAAAUGAGAAAAUCAAAAAGGAAACAAGAAAAUGUUUACACUGAAGGAUAAUGUAAAUGUUAUACUUCAAACCAGUGAAAUGGGAAAAUUAAGAACCAAGUCAAUGAUCUAAGCUAUUGUACCAAGAAUUUAGAAAAAGAAUAACAAAUUAUUCCAAAUGAAGGUAGAAGAAGGGAAAUUAAAGUGAUAAGAGAAGCUACUA